AUGGAGGCCGGGUUGGUUCGCUUGCAUGUCAGUAAUUUGGUCAAGGCGGGCGUCAAGGCGGAAGACAUAGCUGUCGUCACGCCUUAUAACGCGCAACUAGCCGUGCUGUCCGCUAUGCUCAAGGAGCGGUUUGUAGGGAUCGAGCUGGGGAGCGUCGACGGGUUCCAGGGUCGUGAGAAGGAGGCUGUGGUGGUGAGUCUCGUGCGAAGCAACAGCGAGCGCGAAGUGGGUUUUCUGGGGGAGAAGAGGAGGCUCAACGUGGCCAUGACUCGCCCCAAACGACACCUCUGCGUCGUCGGCGACUCGGAGACGGUAGGCGGGGGCAGCAAGUUCCUGCAUGGGUGGAUGUCGUUCCUCCAGGAACAAGCCGACCUGCGGUACCCAGACGUCAGCGACGUCUACGUGGACGAACCUCAGUGA